CAUCAUCGCCAUCUGGCUCAUCUCAAUUGGAAGCCAAGAUGGCGGACAAGGAAGCAACCGUCUUCAUCAUCGACCUCGGCGCGUCCAUGGCCGCCGUCAAUGGAGGCCGGGACGAAUCCGACCUCGAUUGGAGCAUGAGCUACGUCUGGGACAAGAUCAGCAACGUCGUGGCGUCAAAUCGCAAGACGCUCUGCGUUGGCGUCGUGGCGUUCAGGACCGACGAGACGAACCACACGCUGAGCGAGGAUGGUUACGAGAACAUCUCUAUACUGCAGCCCCUGGGGCCAAUGAGCAUGUCCGGCCUCAAGGCUCUCCAGCCCAAGGUGAAGCCGAGCAGCACGGUCGAGGGCGAUGCCAUCUCGGCCAUUGUCAUUGCCGUCGACAUGAUCGACAAGUAUACGAAGAAGAACAAGUGGAAGCGGCAGAUUUCUUGUAAGGGCGUCGACUUUGAUGAUCCCGAAUACGGUUUCAAGGAAGAAGACAAGCCUCCAAUCAAGAAGCGCAAUGAAGAGACUCUGAGAAAGCUGGUGGAGGGCUGUGGCGACGACUCAAGAUUUGCCUCCAUGGUCGAGGCCAUUGACGACUUGAACGAGCCACGAGCAAAGGCAGUCAAGCCUUACAAGACAUACGAGGGUCUCCUGACCUUGGGCGAUCCGAAAAACGCUCCCGCGGUGGUGGAAAUCCGCGUUGAGAGAUACUUCAAGACCCAUCUAGCCAGGCCGCCUGGUGCCAGCACCGUGGUCGUCAAAGAGGAGCAAGCUGGGCCGUCACAGGCACCCGAGGACGAGCAGAUGGAUGGGGCAGAACUUACAGCCGUGAGGCAGGCUAGGACAUACAAGGUCAAUGACCCAGAUGCCCCUGGCGGUAAGCGUGACGUCGAGUUUGAGUCGCUGGCCAAGGGGUACGAAUACGGCAGGACGGCAGUCCAUAUUAGCGAGUCCGAUCAGAAUGUCACCAAGCUCAUGACAGAGAAGAGCUUCAAGAUUAUUGGUUUUGUCCAGAAGGAAAAGUACGAGAUGCUUCUGAACCUGGGCGAGACUUGCGUCACCGUUGCUUCCAAAUACGACGAAAAGUCCGAACUGGCUUUCAGCUCUCUGGUAUGGGCGCUCGCGGAGCUCGAUGCCUACGCCGUGGCCCGCCUAGUAACCAAGGACGGAAAGGACCCUAUGCUGGUGUUACUGAUGCCUUAUAUGGAGCCUGAUUAUGUUUGUCUGUACGAUGUGCCUCUACCCUUUGCAGAGGAUAUCAGGACAUACCAGUUUCCUCCCUUGGACAGAGUCGUUACUGUCAGUGGUCAGACGCUCACCAGCCAUCGCCUGUUGCCAUCAGACGAACUGACCCAAGCGAUGAGCGAUUACGUGGAUGCCAUGGACAUUUCAAGUUACGGGAUGGACGAAGAUGGGCAGCCGGCUGAAUAUGCCACCAUCGAUGAGUUAUACAAUCCCGCGAUACAUCGCAUCGGGCAUGCAAUCAAACAACGAGCGAUCCAUCCAGAGAAACCCGUACCCGAGAUCCCCCCCGUCUUGCUCAGAUUCGCACAACCUCCAACAGAACUCGUCGAGACCGUGCAGUCAAAGAUUGACUCACUAGUCCACGCUGCAGACGUGAAGAAAGUGCCACCCAAGGCAAAAGGCAAACGUCAACGGGAGACCGUCAAACCCAUCUCGGGACUGGAUGUGGAUGCACUCCUGGGAGAAGAGAAGAAAGGUUCCAUCAGUCCUGAAAAUGCCAUUCCAGACUUCAAACGAGCCCUCAACGCAUCUGAGGAAGUCGAGCAGAUUGCCGACGCCACUAAACAAAUGGGAGCCAUUGUACGAUCUCUCAUUACAGACAGUUUCGGGGAUAGCAAAUAUGCCCAGGCAAUGGAAGGCAUUGGUGCAAUGCGCGAAGAGCUGAUCAACCUGGAGGAGCCCGGUCUGUACAACGAUUUUGUGCGCGACCUGAAGAAAAGUUUGCUGUCUGGGGCGCUUGGUGGCGACAGGCGAGAUUUCUGGUUCAAGAUGAGGUGGGCGAAGCUGGGCCUGGUUGACAGGAAGCAGUCGGAAGUGUCUACGGUUACUGUCGAGGAGGCGGACGAGGUGAGUCGUUCAGCAUGCUGUCGGAUUAUACGAGCGUUGUUUGCUAACUUGUGGGAUAGUUCUACAAGUCGAGGUAAAGGAUUUACGUUGAUCAAGAUGGUGGCAUGUACAUGAGCGGUGUAGCACCGGAAUCCGGCGAUUUUAGCAUUGUA